AAGGAAAAGAGAAGAAAAUUAACAAAAGCAAAAACAAGAAAUUUAAGAGAAAUGCAGCUAUGAAGCAUCUCCCUUAAUUCUCCUUCUCCUUUUUUUUCUCUGAUUUUCUCAAUCUUUUAUCUCCCCUUUUUUUCCAGACUCAUUUUCCAUGAUAGAUUGCUGUUUCUUUCUCUAAGAAUUUUGUUUUCCUAGGAAAUUCUGUUGUGUUUCAUACAAAAUUUAUAUGGAUUGAUAAAAGCAGCAUUUGGAAGAGAGAUUGAAGCUUCCCUAAUUGAAUAGCAAUGUCGUGCUGUGGAGGUGGAGAAGAGGACGUUUACAGCGGUGGUCCGCCACCUAACCAAAAUACAGCCCCUCCUAAAGCCGGCAAUCCCUACGGUGGUGUUAGUGAUAGAGCAGAGCCAAGGGGUGGUACAAGAAAUGGAGCUCCUCAGAAAGUUUUACCAAUCGAGAUACCGGCUGUGCCCUUGGACGAGCUAAACAAAUUGACCGGUAACUUUGGUCAGAAAGCUUUGAUCGGAGAGGGAUCUUACGGACGCGUAUUUUUUGCUAAAUUAAGCGAUGGCCAGCAAGCGGCGAUUAAAAAGUUGGACACUAGUUCUUCAGCAGAACCAGAUUCAGACUUUACAGCCCAGUUAUCAACGGUUUCAAGACUUAAGCAUGAGCAUUUUGUGACUCUUAUGGGGUAUUGCCUAGAAGCAAACAAUAGAAUCUUGAUAUAUGAAUUUGCAGCUAUGGGCUCUCUACAUGAUGUAUUACACGGUAGAAAAGGGGUUCAAGGUGCGGAGCCUGGUCCAGUUCUUACCUGGAACCAGAGAGUUAAAAUUGCAUAUGGUGCAGCAAAAGGCCUCGAGUUCUUACAUGAGAAAAUUCAGCCCCCUAUUAUUCAUCGCGAUGUCAGAUCCAGCAAUGUACUUCUCUUUGAUGAUUUUACAGCAAAGAUUGCUGAUUUCAACUUGACAAACCAAACUUCCGAUACAGCAGCUCGUCUGCAUUCCACUCGAGUUUUGGGGACAUUUGGCUACCACGCUCCGGAGUAUGCAAUGACAGGACAGAUAACACAAAAAAGCGAUGUCUAUAGUUUUGGCGUUGUUCUUCUAGAACUCCUGACUGGAAGAAAGCCAGUGGAUCAUACAAUGCCCAAAGGGCAACAAAGUCUUGUCACUUGGGCAACUCCAAGAUUGAGUGAAGACAAAGUGAAACAGUGUGUUGAUCCAAAGCUAAAUAAUGACUGUCCUGCAAAAGCAAUUGCCAAGAUGGCAGCAGUUGCAGCACUUUGUGUUCAAUAUGAGGCAGAUUUUCGGCCAAAUAUGACCAUAGUUGUUAAGGCACUGCAACCACUUCUCAAUGCAAAACCUGCAGGACUUGAGUCUAAUACAUAGGCACUGUCUACUUUUGAAACCAGCAGAACUAAUAUUUUGGAGUCUUAACAAAUCUAUGAUCUUCAUAUUUGGUUGGCGUUCUCCAAUCCUCAAACAAGGGUAUUCUUGUAUUGUCCAACUAGCAGCAUAAGCAUUAAGGUUGUGCGCUCUGAAUCCAGUCUGCUUCUACAGAAUAGAAGACUUGAAAAAAAGUUUUGUGAUUUUGUGACAUGAUACUGGCUAUGAAUACCAGUAAUUUUACCUUUUGGGAGUUCGAACGUUCAGAGCCCUAUGUCUACUAUUCAAAUGUAUCACUUCUUAAUUUUACAAGAGAUCUUCAAGCCAUUAUCAUCAACAUGACAACUAAUGAAAAAGAAUGUACACAAAUUACAAUGGAGAAAGAGGAGCAAUUAUAAGCCGAUCAGGAAAUGUCGUUUUAUUUAUGAAGAUAGUACUUAAUCCUACGAAACAGCUAUGAAUAUUAAUAGUAAUACUUUCAACACAUUGAUAUUUUUCUCUUCUUUUCAGAAACUUGAACCAUAACUGCUGGUGUGAAAUCCCAAGUUUUAGUCCUCCUAAACGAGACAAUCAUUAUAUUAGCUGUGUUUGAGGAACACAAAUUAAUCUUACAAAGAGAUAUUGCUUUGUGGCUACAAUAGAGCUUACGCAGCAUUAUCACUGUUUGAGAUGGAACUCUACCACUCGAGAAAAAAUCAAUUAGAGAUUGUCACCUCAUAGAGGGACAAUGAACAUUAAAUACAAGAUUACACGCUGAAAAAGGUUUAGUGAACAUUAAAUCAGGUUGAAAAUCACACACAUUUGGUUAACAUUCUCCUCAUUAGUAAUUCAAAAGAAGGAUAAGGCAACGCAGCGCUUAUGUAAUUCAAAUAGAACUCAUAAUCAGUGCAUAGAAUGAAGCAGUAACAGAUAAUUUCGCACUUCCAUUUGGAGCAACAAGUUCAAUGAAGGCCUCAACUGAUAUUGUAAACAAAAUUUCGAAAUAAAAA